AUGCGACUUCACGACCCGAUCAUGUCAGAAUACGAAUUUGAACAACUUCCUCCGACACUGCAGAGAAAGUAUUUCUCUAGCUUGGAGCGUCUACGACUCGUUCACGAUGCAGAAAACUCCAAAGCACAGUCUCGGUCUGGGAGGAGGCCGUUCGUUCCACAGAUUGGAGGAUCACGAAAGCCCAGCGUCUCUUCUGCUGCCUCGACGGAUCGCAGCUUCUCAACUACGAGCCAUCCACGAGCCCGCUCCAGCUCGUGCCUACGAAAAACCUCACGGAAAGCAACAACACCGACCACCACACUAACCAACCCAUGGGGUCUCGCGGCGCUUCCUGCCGCCAUCCUACGCAAGCAAUUCUCAACUGAAGAACAAUACCACAUCGCCGGCCGACUAAAUCUGGUCAUACUUGACGCAGCUGACGAAGCUCUGUACAAGCAGUACCACCAGCGAAUCAACUUAGCGAACAGACACUCUCUCGACCUAGACUUACGCAACGGAACGGAAGGAUACGAUUCGGAAGAGGAGGAAGACGUUAUGGAUCCAAAAGAUUUCGAAAGCUUUCGCUGGCUCGACCAAGACAAUGAGUUAGAUCUGAGAUUGGACGACUAUCAUGCCAUCAGUUCGGAUCUGAGCUCUCGCACAUCCCCACAGCCAGCCUUCGGACGCUCAUACCGACGUGGUCUUUCUUUUUCCAAUGCAUCCUUUCGACGACGUAGCUCCUCGGCCACAUCAUUACACAGCCCUCCAUCCAUAGGCUUGACCCCAACUAGGACAGCACCAUUGUUGCCGGCAGCGCUCCUUCAACCACGACAUCGAAGCACAACCUCGACCACGUCGGUCGAUCCAUCUGCAACACACUAUCAAGACCCAGCAGCGAAGUUGAAGCUGAGGGUAUACCUCGCAUCUCCACAGAAAUUCGACGAGGCGAUUGAAUUUGGCUUCCCUUCAUUGCAUACGGGAGCGGUCUCGUCUUCAACCAGACCCAAGACAAGUGCUGGGAUUAUCGAUGUGCGGCCCAAGACGUUUCUAGCCGACGACACUCCUUCUUUGUCGGAGGACGAGAGAUCGGAAUAUUUCCAUCAAGACAGUCCCCGAACUCCCAUAGAAAUGUCGUUUCCUCCUCAAAGACCAUCACAAAAGAGCAGUACCGAUCGCUCCACAUAUUUUCGACCCCGGGCGGUUCACAAUUAUGGCGAUAGCUACGCACACGUCCCUGCGUCUGACCGGGAAAUGACUCUCAAAAUGACCCUGACACGACCCGAGCUGCGAGCGCUGGAAGACAGUGAGAUUGCCCGGCAGACGAGGAUCAACGACAUGCCACUCGAAAAAGUGCCGCUGACAGUACCCAUAGGAGGUUCUACGUCGAUAUGGGACGACCUACCGGAGGAACCUUCGAGAUUCAAAAGGUUCUUCAAAAAGCUUAAAGGACGCGCCUAA